AAAAAAAGUCGUUGGGAGUAUUCUAUAUAAUGUAGUUUUAUAUACAUACUACAACUCCCACGUCUCUUCCUGUUCUUCAUCAACAUUCUAUUAUACACCACUACCAAAGAUUUGACUUUUGAUUUACAAUUUUUGUCUCUUUUCCGUCCAACACAAGAACAUGGCUAAAGGCUCUUCCCAGUCCCAACAAUCAACCUCCACCGCCCCCUCAGCCUCCCGUCCCGGUCUGGCUGCUCCUCGUGGAUCCGCCGCCGCUACGGCUGGCAUGCGUCGCCGCAAGCUCGGUGGCGGUGGAGGCGCAUCGGCAGGGGGAGGAUCCGGUGCAGGAGGAGGAUCGAACAACAUGCUGAGAUUCUACACGGAUGAAGCUCCAGGUUUGAAGAUAUCACCGACGGUUGUUCUCAUUAUGAGUCUCUGUUUCAUCGGUUUUGUCACCGCUCUUCACGUCUUUGGAAAGCUCUACCUUCACAAGUCCGGAUCCAAAGCUUAGAUCUUGUCAUCUUGAUCUUCUCCAAUGUAUGUUGCUGAGUUUUCUUUUUUUGUCCGUCUUUUGUUUCCUUUUUUGGUCGAUCUUGAUCUUGAUCUUGAUCCAUGUAAGUCUUUAAACGUUGAAUAAAACAUGUUAGUUUUUGUGUGUGAAAA